UUAGGUCAAAGUCCUUCGACUUGGGCUAAACCUAAAAGAACGACGGAGGGAGGAGUCCACCACGACGGGGAGAUACUCUUUCUUCUCACCCCAAAAGAGAUAGCCGGCUCGUUCCAGCGCUCGAUUACCGAAGCGAUGGCUAAGGGCCGAAGCAACGCUGCCGGGGGCCGCGGUGGAGACGAAAUCGCUGCCCCCGAGGAAGCUGUGGUUGCGUUCGCCAAGCUCCAGGGCGACGACUUCGAGUACUACAUGCAGACGUACUCGAUCGUGCUGGGCCGCAACAGCAAGACGUCGGAGGUGGACGUCGACCUCGCCUCCAUCGGCGGCGGCAUGAGCAUAUCCCGCCGCCACGCCCGCAUCUUCUACGACUUCCCUCGUCGCCGCUUCGCCCUCGAGGUCCUCGGCAAGAACGGCUGUUUUGUCGAGGGCGUACCCCACGCUCCCGGCGACCCACCCGUCGAGCUCGACUCUCAGGACCUCCUCCAGAUGGGGGAAAAGCGGUUCUACUUCCUCCUCCCUUCCCGCUCCGUCUUUGCCGCUGGUCCCGUCCCCCGCUGCCAGCCCCCUGCCGCUCUCGCGCCAACCGCUGGCCGUGCCAGGCCGCGCGACUACGGGAAUGAGGUGCAUGGUGGUGAUGCCGAGGAAGAGGAGGAAUAUGAGGAGGAAGCAGGGGAAGAUGAGGCUAGGCGUGCAGUAGUUGGUAGUUCAGGGAAGAGGCGGAGGAGGGAUCUUGGUGAGGAGAAUGUGGAGGAAUUUGGUAGGGCCGAGGAGGCUGCACCACUGCGACACUCGGUGAAGAAGCCCGAGACAAGGUCAAGGGCUGACAGAGAAGCGGACAAUCAACAACUCCUGCAAUUGGAAGAGAAAGAUGUCAUCUCAUCUGUGACGACUUUGCUAUCUAAUCUUUGUGGCCCAGGAGAAUGGUUGCCUAUGGAAAAACUUCAUGCAAAGUUGUUUGAAAUAUAUGGUGAUGUAUGGCAUCACAGCCGAGUAAGAAGAUACUUGACAACGGAAGACUAUCCUGAAAGUGAAACAGAAGGUAGACCUUGGUUUGGCCUAUUGAUGCUGCUACGGAAACACCCAGAGCACUUUGCAAUUAACAUACGGUCGAAGGGAAGGGCGAAAUCAGAAUUUGUUUCGUUAGUCUCAUUGCAUUGCUAAGUAUCUUCUGGAAUCGUCUUAUGUAGCUCCAUAAAAAUAGGUGGAAAUAAUAUUUACUUUUGCAUUGGCAUCUUGUUUCCCUUUGCUUGCUAUACUGGCACAGGAAUGUCAAAAUAAAACAUGAUUUCCGAAACCAUCAGCAAUUACUUUU